AUGAACGUACAACGUACAAUCGUCUCCGCACGACUCCUACCAGUCGCUUAUCUCCUAUCUUUAAUAGCAAUUACAUCCGCAUUAAGUACUGUUACAGGUUCUAGUACGAAACGCGAUGAUUGGCUAAGUAUACACAAUCAACAGAUCUAUUCCGAACUCACAGGAACCAUACGUGAAUUGACAUCAAAUGAUAAUACCGAUGAUACAGAUACACGUUUUCAACCACCAUUAUAUGCGAAAAAUCAAAAUAUACAACCGAUUGAGGAAGGGUACCGUCUAGCAGGUACAGAGGUUCUUGCGCAUCGAUUGCCAAUAUCGACUAAGAAAGAUAAAUCUCAUGAGCUUCGUAAACGUGAUGUACUCUCGAAUAAUUCAUCGAUGUCAACUGGUCCGUUACAAUCGAAAUUAUCGAAUGAAGAAAAUGAUGAUGGAUCGUUACUCUCCGAUGCCAAUGUUAAUGCCUGGGCGCUUAGUUUAUCGUUAGUGUCACCAGCGUUUGAUGGAAGUGGCAGUGAAUUUGAAACAACAUCCGAAACAGUCAUAACAGACGUGACAUCUGCCAGCACGCUCGUCCAAUUAACGACACUUAGUCCUACUGAGCAGUCAACUGAUUCUACUCUAACAACUAAUGUGUCAGAAACCAUUUCCACAACAAUACCAUCGGUCACCACAGAAGUCAGUGGCACUGUAUCGGCUACAGAGACGACAACUGCAACGGGUUCAUCAGAAACUAUUACAAGUGGUCAAGCAGACACCAGUGAAACAUCUUCAACUGCACAAACUAGUGUUGAACAAUCAACAUCAGAAACAGUCGCUGAAUCAUCAACUUUGAGUUCUACUACAGUAGUAUCUGUUACGGAAAAUAGUUCUUUGCAAAUAACUACUGAGUCAUCAACAGAAGUCACAGCUACCGAAUCUGAAACAGAAGCUAGUAUCAUUUCGACCGUGACGAUUCCAACAACGAGUUCCAUAUCCGUGUCGAGCGAAUCAACGUCUGAAACCACUAGUUCUACUGAACCAACAAUGUCGACGAGUUAUGUUGAAACAUCAACACAGAGUUUACAACAACAAACAACAAUAUUCUUUCUCUAUUUCACGCCUACAUCUAGUAGCGCGCGGAAAGUUCGUUCAGUUCCUGUUGGGUCACCCACAUCAUCUACCCUUGAAAAUGAAAUAUCAAACGUUUUAUAUGGAAUGAACAUUACAUGUAAUGACACGUGCGUUCAAAUAAACCAAACUAAUAUCAAUCCACCUGAUAUCGAGUAUUUAAUUACAUUAAAUGUCUCGCUCGAUGUUUCAGAACGUAUUGCACUGGUAAAUGGUCUCUUUAUGAACAAUGUUAGUUUAAAUGACAGUUAUCUUCUGACAGUAAGAAUAAUAAUGAAUCCAAACACUUCAGACUUUUUGAAUUUUACGAGUGUCAUACCAGUUUGUAAAGAAUGCGAGUAUUCUUUCACAGGAAAUUGUACCACCGAUAAUAGCUCAUGCGUUUGUUAUCCUAACUAUCAAGGACAAUUCUGUCAAGAUUUUGUUCAACCAACAUCAAGUUAUCUGUCAACUACUACAACAAGCGGCACUUCGACGACAUCAACUUCUUCCGCACUUAUCUCGACAAUAACAUCGACUGCAUCUACGAUGGAAACAGAAAUAUCAUCUCAAUUUGUCAGCACGAGUGUACCUUCUAACGAAACUACAGAAACAACAUUAUUAGCCACUACGGCAACAGCUGAAAUUACGUCUUCGUCAGAAACCAUAGAAGUAACAGAAACUACUGGUCCAACUAUAUUAAAUGCUACUACAAGUACGCUAUCAACGAUAAUAAUAACUACCGAAUACGAUACGACUACAGCAACACCAGAAGCAUCUACCGAAAAUAUAUCGAUGACAAAUAUUGUCACUACUGAAGCUACGUCAUAUACCGAUACUCUGAGCACGACUAACUUUAGUGAGACGUUGGGUGAAAUAACAACAGUGACUACUCAUAUAACAAGCAUGCCGACCGUGUCUCUGUCUACUACAGAAACAGCUUCUGUAACGACGGCGGAAAAUAUCACUACGAUGGAGUUUUCAACGUUAGAAGUUAGUAACACGGUAGUAACACAUCAAGCCUCAACAUCAGCUACUAGUACGUUGACGGCUUCCGAGACGAUAGCAGCAUCGACAUAUGCUACUUCCACGCCAAUGGUGUCCUCCAAUGCAACUAGUUUCAGUAACAUAACGGUGGCUACAGAACUUACUACUCCUCUCAAUACAAUCUCAACCGCUGAAACAGCAAGCUCAGCCAGCUCGUCCAUAAUUACUAGUGAAGCUUUUAUAUCGGUAGGUAUGUCAACAAUAGGUACUCAUACAAGUUCAAGCACUUUGAUCGACACAACGACAAACAGUGGAACCAUUCAAACUGGAACAUUCGAAACUUCCACACCCUUUGUUGCUUUCAGUUCAAUUACAUCUGCAAGUGAAAUACCAACAUCAAGUGCUAAUACAGGUGUAAUGAACUCAGUCGUUACGACUACCGUCCCUAGCGAAGCGUCUACAGCAAACACUACAACCAUUGAAGCAAUAGAAACUGAAGCAUCUGAAUCUCCGUCAUCGGGUACUGGUUCAAGCUCCACUGCGCUUGUCAGCGAAUUGGCUACAUCAACUAGUACAUUGACUUCAACUGCUUCGAUUACCUCAACCGCAGCCAGUGGAACCAUCGCUACAGGAACUGCAGCAAUUUUUUCAACAAGUUCAAUCACUACAAUUACAGCUACUGAUACAACUCGAACAGUGACAUCUGAGUCUUCCACAUUGGCUAGCACAGCUUCAACUCACUCAGCAAGUGAAAUACCUACGUCGGGUGCCAACACAGACAUAACGGGUUCCGUUACUGCAACGACUGUCAGUGGAGCGGUACCAGCCAUCACAAGUGAAGCUUCCACAUCAAUCGGUACAUCAACUUCGAUCACUGGAACAACUUUAACUGAAACAUUUGCAUUUUCGCCGUCCACCACUGUUCCAAUUUCUGUUACUUCAAUUGGCACACCCUCAACGACAUCAGCAGGCGGACUAUCUAGCUCAUUGAGCACAUCCACCAAUAGUGAAAUAUCGUUAGCAAUGACAAACGAAUCUCCUACAUCGGCCAGUACAUCAAACCUGACUACCCCCAUUGUCACACCUACAGCUAGUGGAACAGUAGCCACAGGAGCAGAGACAUCUUCCUUAACAUCGACUCUCUCUAGCUCCGCUAGUUCAUCUGGGCCCACACGAACCAUUGCCAGUGAAGUUUCUACACCGGCUAGCACAUUAACCACAACACCCGCGGGAACACUUGAAACUUCUACCCCUGCUACUACUUCGAGUUCAAUAACGUCUAUUAACAUAGGGUCGACUAAUGGAAUAUCUGCCACUACCACCAACACUAUCCCAUCCAGCUCCGUAAACGCGACAAUCACCACUUCUUCUGCAGGAAUAGCUACUGUCGAAGUAUCCACAGCUGCUAUCGAAUCAACCACAGCCACCACAAGCGAACUAUACUUAUCCAGCACUCAAACUGGAUCAACAAGUUCACACAGCACAACCAAUACCGGUAUCACAACAGCAUCUGAAACGACUGAACCUUCUACUAUACUCACUUCUUUCACUUUCUCGACUUCGCCUGCCACCUCGAAAGAUUCGUCCCCAUCGGCUCCCAACACCGUUCUAACCAGUUCAAUUACUGCCACACCAGCUAACACUACAACCGUAUUAUUUUCGACUGAAACGUCUACAUCCUAUACCCCUACACUUCCAGAUAAUACAAGUAAUGCUAUAACAACCGCAAACCAGAGCACUCUUGGAAGCACAACAGAAUCCGCUUCUGCCACUAUUAGUGCCAACAGCUCAAGUGUAACCACAGAAAUGCCGUUAAGCCCCUCAACUUCUGGUAUAUCUGCUUCCACUACAUCAACCGGCAUUACCAUGAACACAACACUGAUAGGCGCCAUUACCACUCAGGUAUCCACAAACAAAAUUAUCACUACAACAGACAUCUCUUCUAACACCAGCACAACCACGGCCACUACAUACCCCGCUUCAACUGCUACUAACAGCACAACUACAACGAGUACUACAACUACAAGUGUGAGCACGUCAACUACUAGUACCACCGCAACGACAACCGACACGGCUUCAACUACAACGAGCACUACAACUACAACUGUGAGCACAUCGACUACGAGUACAACUACGACCACUACAAACACGGGUUCAACCACUACCACAAGCACCACCACAACGACUACCGAUACCGCUACUACCACAACGAGCACCACAACUACAACUGUGAGCGCGUCGACUACUAGUACAACUACGACCACUUCAGAUACGGGUUCAACCACUACCACAAGCACUACUACAACGACCACCGACACAACUUCAACUACAACGAGUACUACAACUACAACUGUGAACACGUCGACUACUAGUACAACUACAACCACUUCAGAUACGGGUUCAACCACUACCACAAGCACUACUACAACGACCACCGACACAGCUUCAACUACAACGAGUACUACAACUACAACUGUGAGCACGUCGACUACUAGUACAACUACAACGACUACCGAUACCGCUACUACUACAACGAGCACUACAACUACAACUGUGGGCACCUCAACUACUAGUACGACCACAACGACAACCGAUACCGCUACUACUACAACCAGCACUACAACUACAACUGUGGGCACCUCAACUACUAGCACCACCACAACGACAACCGACACAGCUUCAACUACAACGAGUACUACAACUACAACUGUGAGCACAUCGACUACGAGUACAACUACGACGACUACCGAUACCGCUACUACUACAACCAGCACUACAACUACAACUGUGAGCACGUCAACUACUAGUACCACCACAACGACAACCGACACAGCUUCAACUACAACGAGCACUACAACUACAACUGUAAGCAUGUCGACUACUAGUACCACCACAACGACAACCGACACAGCUUCAACUACAACGAGUACUACAACUACAACUGUGAGCACGUCGACUACUAGUACAACUACAACGACUACCGAUACCGCUACUACCACAACGAGCACCACAACUGCAACUGUGAGCGUGUCGACUACUAGUACAGCUACGACCACUACAGAUACGGGUUCAACUACUACUACAAGCACGAUUACAACGACCACCGACACGGCUUCAACUACAACGAGUGCUACAAUUACAACCAGUACAAGCACCGUUACAUCCACAACGACGAGUACCAGCACGAGUUCAAUUCUAAGCAGUACUACCACUAUGGCUACGUCGACAAGCACAACGACAGUUACGACGGCAACGACGACCACAACUACGGUCGCCCGAAAUUGUGCGUGGACAAAUUGGGUGCCGAUCGGCAAUUGUUCGCCGUCGUGUGGUGUUGCGUAUCAACAAGUGGUUCGGGCAUGCGUGGACUCGUUUUCUGGCCAAAGCUGCAGUAGCAGCGACUGCGGUGGUGGUAAUGCAACACAGAACCAACUAUGCGUUGGUUCUCCACCUUGUGAAACGAUCACUGCUACACUGACAAGCAGUAUUCGCGAUCCGAAUUUAGAAACGUUUUCGUAUACGUUACCAAACACAAUGGAGUUCUUUGGCCAAUCGAUCAAUCGUCUUUGGAUCGCAAAUAAAGGCUAUGUCGGUCUCGGCGCACCUUUUUAUGGCCAAACAAUGACUCAAUCGGCCUUUCCUCAAUUAGCUGGCCAAACCAUAGCAGCUCCGUUUUGGGCCGAUCUCAGCUAUGAUAGCACAUAUUCAAACAUAACAGUUAGCUGGUUUAAUUCAAUCAAUGCUAGUCAAAGCGAUGCAAGUGUGUAUUAUCCCAUUAUACAACGAACGAUAAGUGAAGCAUGUCCAACAAAAUCUUGUUCAUUAAAUUUUGCCGCAAGUCGUGCUGUUCGAAUCGAAUGGCAAAAUCUCUUCUAUCAAUUACCGGAAAAUAAUCAAUCGAUAAGUUUAACAUUUUCUGCUUUCUUAAUCGAUACAUAUGAGACUUCCACUUCAUCAUAUCCAAUUCUACGAUCUUACCUGUCGUUUGACUACAGUAAUCUGACAAGCAAUCUCGGUUCGCUUCGACCAUUCGUUGGUUUUCGUGGAGGAUCCUCUCUAUCUCAAGUUCUCAACGAUCCAUCAUACAAACAAAAUGCUGCAUUUCUAAAGCAAGCUUCACACAAGAGCUUCUAUAUUGGUGGUCGAUUUCUAACUCAAUGCGAAGUAUCGUAUUUACAAGAAGCAGCUUAUAAUGCUUUAAAUCCUUCGGAAAAUCUCAACGAUAUUAUAAAUAAUCCAAGAAUUCCAUGCCCGUGUACGCUUAGCCAAGCACAGAAUGAUCGGCGCUUCAAUGCGUUACAAAGUGAAACCAUUUUCGAAUGGUCACAAAGUAUUGUUUGUUAUGGACCAAUGGUUAUCAAUCGAAUUCGUGUCGGAGGAAUUUCAAAAAGUCUCCGAGCUCAGACAUGUUGUUAUAAAAGAAAUACUGGCGUUUUAUUGACGUCUGGUGAUUUUGCUGGUUCAGUAUUAUCUAAUCCGAAUGUUCUCUUUCGAUCGUUUCCCUGGCAGCGACGAAGUCAAUUCCAUGAUCAAUGUUGCUCACCGGUGUUCUUUUAUGGACCAUCAGUCAAUGAUCCUUGCCGUCUUUACUAUCAAAUUCAUCCAACAAGUAGUUGCAGCGGAUAUGAACAACCUGGAUCAUCAUCGGGUGUGGGUGAUCCACAUAUUGAUACGAUUGAUAAUGGGCGUUACACGUGUCAUGUUCAAGGUCUUUUCGUGUUGGCACAAACUACGACUGCGGCUAAGCAGAUCGCUCAAGCCAAUUUGAAUAAUAUCAACGUAUCUGACAGCAGUCUGAUCUAUCCCGAAGAUUUAUUCUAUAUAUAUGUCCGUUCUGCAUCGAUCGCACCAGCAUUACCAUAUGUUGAACGAAUGCAAGGCUCAGCAUCGAUAUUUUCAAGCUACAUCAUCGGCGCGGCAAAUUAUACAUUUGUUAUCAGUAAUCUCAACGGGAAAUUCGGAUUCACAGCCAGCAAUAGUUUGCAAAAUAUAUCAUUGACAGAUGUUUUGGCAAAUAAUCUAAACUAUGAUUCAGCGAAUACCACGAAUGUCGAUGAUAUUUAUAUGUACCGCGUACGACAAAUGGGUGUAUCUGUUUCAAACACAACUGUUCCACAGUUGACGUUCGCUCUCUGGUCAGGUUUAUCAAUUCAAUGUCAAAUUACGGCCGAAAAUCUUGAAUGUAUCCUUCUACUACCAGACAAAUAUCGCAGUCUUGUCGAAGGUUUAGCAGGCAAUUUCAACGGAAUGUACGGUGAUGAUUUAGUUAAUCGACGAACGAAUCAAACGAUUUCAAUUUUAUCUGCAAACAAUCAAUCAGCUGCAGUCAACGAUGUGGAUGUUUUAAAUGCUUGUCUUUCAUGGAGAGCACCAAAUGACACAACAGCAAACAUCACAAACCCAAUCUUACCGUCGACGUUAGUCAACUGGUACUAUAAUAAUGCAUCAAGUGUACUUACAACUCUAAAUUCACAUCUAAGCCAAAGUGAAGUCAAUCAAACAUGCUCAUCAAAUUUCGAAUGUGUUCAUGACUAUAUCGUUCGGAUAAAUCCAAUUACUAGCGGCGCAACAGCUCUACUAUUAGAUUCAUACAGAGACUCGAGAGCAACAUUUGCUGAAACCGUGCCGACAGUUAACAUCUCAUCUACUGUUCAAAUACCGUUACCUUAUUACACACAAAAUCGUACCUAUUCAUUACCAAUCAGUAUCAGUGGAGCAAGUAGCACAUUGGUUACUAUUUCCAGGAAUGGUACGAUACAAAACAGUGCAUUCCAAGGAUCAUCGAUCGAUAUUUUAAUACCAUCUACUACGGAUACAUAUGUCGAUGUCUCCCUAACGAUCACAUACGGCACGAAUUCUACAAUCAUCCAGUACUUGAAUAUCAUCGCAUGUCUGUGUAUAAACAGUUCUUACUGUAAUUAUGCGCAAACAACGAUCAUAUCUGAAAAUUAUGCCGUUGCUUCGUGUGAUUGUCCUGAUCAAUACGAUGGAAUUUUCUGUCAACUUUCAUAUGAUGGCUGCAAUUCCACUAGUGCCUGUCGAAUCAAUUGGAAUAAUGGCACACAAUGCAUUCCGUUGAGUCCGGCUCAACAGUUAGCACAAAACCAGUCGUAUAUUUGCAAUGGAACAUGCUCAGCAGGAUACAAGACAAGAAAUCAAUAUACAUGUGAAGAUGAAAAUGAAUGUCAAACGAAUUCCUCUCGAUGUGGAAAUGGCACAUGCGUGAAUCUUAUUGGUUCAUUUACAUGUGAUUGUCUAAGUGGCUAUCGAUUUGAAAGUGGAACGUGUGUUGCUAUUAACAAUUGUAUUGAGCCGUAUACGAAUGGUACCUAUUCAUCUCCAUGUAAUGAAUCUCAAGAAUGCGUAUACUCAAAUGGCCAUUAUACAUGCUCAUGUAGUCUUGUUUUUAAUACGACGGGAACCUGCGUUUAUAAUGCAAGCCUUUGCGUGAAUGAUACAUGUACUAGCAAUGUUGAUAACAAUACUAUAUCAUGUUUACAUGGUACUGUCAAAGAAAAUAACACGUGCAUCCCUUGGUGUCAAUCGACUUGUCCAGGCUUUUGUGAACUUGUCAAUGGACUUUAUCAAUGUAACUGUAUGAAACAAGCUGGACUGCAGUAUUCUAUUGAUGGCAAACAAUGCAUACCGUGCGAAAAUCUAAAUUAUGGUUAUGGUUGUAAUGAAACAUGUCUAUGCAAUUUUGGUACCUGUAAUGCAAAUGCGACGAGCGCUAAUGAAAGCUGUACUUGUGAUCCAGGAUACGAACCACCAUUUUGCUCUAAGCAGAUAGACCAAUGUGCUAACAACACAGUCAAUACAACUCAGAAGGAUUGUUUGACGGAUCCUAGUACGGGACGAGCUGUUCUUAUAUGCGCAGUGGGCUAUCAAUUGAAUUCGACAAGCAAUUAUUGCACUGAUAUUAAUGAAUGCUCCAGUGAUCUGAAUCAGUGUAAUGUUGGCGUCUCAGUAUGUGUGAAUACGAUUGGAAGUUAUCAGUGCAAUUGCUUAACUGGAUAUCAGUUGAUCAAUAACUCUUGUGUUGAUAUAAAUGAAUGUGCUACUGGUGCUAAUAAUUGCUCGUCAUAUAGUAACACCUACUGUGCAAAUAUUCAAGGCUCGUUUGAAUGUCGAUGUAAUUACAAUUAUUCAUUAGGAGGCGAUUAUACACAACAAUAUGGAAAUGCGAUCAGUUCAAAUAGUUCCUGUUUACCUACAGAUUAUUCUGUAUACUGUGAAAAUCAAUGUGAAGCACCGGCAAACUGUAGUGCGAUAACGGGCCGAUGCGAAUGUCCAUCGUCGAACUAUAAACUCGUUGAUUCUGCGUUAGAUGAAACUCGGCAGACCUGCCAAUGCCCAAAUCAUCCAUUUACUUAUUACAAUGGAUCUGAUUGUGUCAAUGCUACUGGUCAAACUUGGCUUUUACUCUUCUUUAAAUUGAAAGCAAGCAGUCGUGUGAUAUCGAUCGACACACCAGCUUCAUCUUCGAUACAAACGAACAUUUCAUAUAUCUUAUCAGGCAUGAAUAUAACAUGCAAUGGAUCAUGCAUAAACUUGUAUGAUACACAGGAUGCCUCGCCUCCUAAUCUUGAACUUAUGGUAACAUUGAAUGUUCUUCUCAACGUUACUCAACGUAUAAAUUUGGUCAACGCUUUAUUCGAUGACAAUGUUGUUUAUAAUGACAGUUAUUCUCUAUCGCUGAUAAAAAUAAUUAUGAACCCGGCAACGAAUACUCUAGUUAAUGUUACGGCGCCAGAACCGGCUUGUCGCGAAUGCGUUUAUACGGGUGUAGGUGUCUGUUGGGACAAUCAGACCAGUUGCACGUGCUUUUCUGGUUACGAAGGAUACCUUUGUCGAGUCACUACUGUAACACCUACCCUUGGAUCGUCAUCUUCAGGAACCAAUUGGACUGUAAUUGUUGCCGUUGUCAGUGCGAUUGCCGGUCUUUUACUCAUCAUUGCUCUAGCUAUGUGCGUAUUUUACUUUAUCAAAAACCGUCAACCAUCCGAUCGUGACGUGAAAGUGCCCGUACAACGUCCACAAUUUGUUAUUCCACGUGCUCAUAUUCCGACCAUGGGCACUGGUAGUCGAGCUUUAAAUACUUGGGAUGCUUUCAGUCUAGACAAUACCUACGAUGAACAAUAUGUCGAUGCAUCUGACUCAUUCCCGUCGAGCUCAUCGACAACGUACAACACAACUUAUCGUGCCAAUGGCCAACGUCCCGAAGCUGAUUUUGGUAUAUUCGAUGAGCUAGAAAACCGCAUACCAAUGUCGAAAGGUCAUAUUCCGCGACCACAAAUGGUCAAUAUUCUUGGCACGUUGAACAGUUUGCCAAGCAACGAAAGAUUCGAUGAACCGUCAGGAGCUGAAAGUACAUUUUCGGAUUCUCGCGAACUUGACGAUAUUGAAUUAGUAACUGAUAUGCUGGACGAUAUGACUAAAGAUGAUGACAUGGAAGAUGAAUUUGUUGAAGCAUUGAAUCCAAAUCUAGCUAUACCGAGAUUGGCACUUCAACCAGAAAAUCACUCAUCAGGAUGGUUUCCCUUCUUUCGAAAUUCGUAG